UGUUUCAGUUGCAUGUUUAGAGCAUUACUAUGCAAUCCAACAGACUCUCCUUACACAAUAAUGAAUUGGGCAUUGGAUUAAGGGGAGCAAGAGAAUUAAAUAAUCGAAAGGUCAUUCCCAAUUUAUUAGCUAAACAUUUGCCUAUUGAAAACCAUAAGAAAAAAGGGUGGAUGGUUAAAACAAAGUUGAAAACCAUAUAUUAACCCGCACCGAUUGCACUCCUAUAUAUAUGCAACGUCAUCCUCUUUCAUUUCUAAUAUACUUCCAAAACUUCCUAACACACACAAGAAGGUAACAAUUCAAACAACAAGAAAACAGAAAUGGGUGAAUCUGCUGCAAUCAAGGGAAUGGUGCAAGAAGAACAUUUAGUGGAUACAGAGGAAGAUGAAAAUUCAAGGGCACUGUUUCUUAAAGAGCUGAAUCUUGUUCUAAUUCUCUCGUUUCUUUCAUUAUCAUCUGAAGAACUUGAUUUUGAGGCAAAGGAGAUUAACGAAAAUGUCAAAGUUCAGCAACAACAAAAAGUUGUUUCUCAUCUACGUUGCAGAAAACGGGGUGGUAUCAAUCAAUACAAUACUGUUGAACCAGAAAUACAGAGGUCCUCAACCAAGUUUAGAGAUUGCAGGCAUUGCAGAAGAAUGUGAAAGAAAUCAACAUCAAGCAAAGCUAGCAACAAGAGAUACCAAAAGAAGGUUACCAGCAAGGCCAUAAAAGCUACCUUCAUAGUAUGUUAUUUGCAUUAAAAGAUGAGUGCCAGAGAGAGAAGAAAACAUACAUGUAAAAGAGUAGUACUAGAAAUAGAACUGAUACUUCUCAUUUUGGCAAAUGCCAACUCUGUUUUUUCUUUUGCUUCUGGUAUCCGAAAAUCAUUGAUUCAACUAAUCAAAAUUUAUCUGGUAAAGUGCUUCUUAUUAAGAGGUUCUCCAUUCUCGUGCUCGAACUCAUUGAUUUUCAUCCAUUACACAUACCAAACGCCAACCUACUACGCAAGGCAGCAAAAUAUAUAGUCCCCCAGCCGAUAAAGCAGCUCAAUAGACAGCAUACAUCAAGCAACCAAUUUUUGUUUUUUUAAAAAAAAAUAAACAAUUUACGUCAGAAAUCAGCAUGUCAAUUAGUGGCACUACAAAAAUUAUAUCUGAUCAUGAGAGUGAGUACCCUUCAUACUUAAACCGUUCAACUUUUCCCAAAAAAAAAAAAAAAAAGAAAAA